UACUCUAAACCCCUAUACCCUAUACCCUAUUCCCUAACCCCAAUACCCUAAACCCUAUUCCCUAACCCCUAUACCCUAACCCCUAUUCCGUAACCCCUAUACUCUAUUCCAUAUUCCCCUAACCCCUAUACGCUAUUCCCACACCCUACCCCUGUCUUAUCUCCUCAUCCAGUACCCCAGCCUCUCUACCAGGGAGACACCAGUCUACAGCAUCAAGUUCUCCAGUACUAGCAGGUCCAGUCGUCAUCAUGUUCUAUGGGUCGUCCUCUACCUCGGGGGCCUCCAUGUCGCUGCCCUCCAAGAGCCGUCUCAAACGCCAGAGCAGAACUUUCACGCAGGUUCUGUACCGGACUCUGAGUUACCGGGAUCGUCCCCCGGCCGACCACACCUCCCGAGACCGCCGCUCCGUCACCGAACCCCCCGACGACCGUCCCCGUGACGACCCCGCGGAACUCUCCACCCAGAGCUCCGCCCCCGGCGUCCUGAAGAUCUUCGGAGAUGAGAUCUGCGAGGGCGCCAACUACAAGUCCGUCCUCGCCACGCCCCGGUCCAGCGCACAGGAACUGGUCAAAGAGGCGCUGGAACGCUAUUCGCUGAACAAAGCCUCCGCCCACUCCUACGUCCUCUGCGACGUGAUAGGUCAGCUGGAGGGGGGAGGAGGUCAGGAGGGAGGAGAGGGGGAAGGAGUAGGACAGGGGGAAGGAGGGGGGUGGAGGACGGAGUGUCUGCGGGCGAUGGGCGACAACGAGAAACCGUUGUUGUUACAGGAACUAUGGAAGCCCAGAGAGGGACAUGCCAGGAGGUUUGAGCUGCGGAGGAGAGCGGAGGUAGAGGAGCUGAACGCUAAGGAGAAGGAUACGGUCACUGCAGAUAUCAACGCCCAGGCUAGGAAGCUACAGAGGAACAGAACUAAAGGGACUCUGACACUACCUCGACCUGGGACCACCUUCUGCCGCUCCCUCAGUGAGACCAGUCUCAACCAGUUGGGGGGUGCAGACGAGCCGAAGCGUUACUACUCCACCCUGCCGGGACCUCUGAGGGCGAGGGGGAGUCAAGGGGGGGCCACGACCAGGAGGAAGGAGGGAGAGGGGGGAGGAGCGGGGGGAGGAGGGGUGAGACAUUCCCUCUACCAGUCCCCUCACCUGUUGCUGCUGCAGGGAUACAACAGACAGGACUGCCUGGUGUACCUGUUGAACAGAGAGCAGCACACUGUGGGUCAGGAGACCCCGUCAGCCCGUCCAAACAUCUGCCUGUCCUCUCCUGACAUCCUGCCACUCCACUGUCGCCUCCACCGGGUCCCUGCCCCCCGUCGCCAUGCCAGCACACCCAACAACAACAACAACCCCUCAGCAGCCGCCGCCGCAGUCACCGGGGACGACCGCUCCUGCGUUGCCGUGGAGCCCAUCCCUCACGCGACGGUCCUGGUCAACUUCUCCCGGUGCGAGCAAUCCACCCAGCUCCGCCACGGCGACCUCCUGUCGUUCGGAGCCCACUACAUCUUCCUGUAUAAGGACCCAACGGGUGCCAAACCCCUCCCCGCCCAGACACUGGCACGCCUCCGAACCCUGGGGCAGCUGUACGAGGCUGGGGGAGGGGGGGUGGAGACGGAGGGUGGGACGGAGGGGGGAGGGACCUGUAAGACGUGUGGCUCGUUGUUAAAGGACAAGGGGGCGUUGUCCUCCCAAACCGGCCCCCCCGCCAGGCGCAGUUUCAAACCACACCUGGUGAAACCCCAAGGCGGGGGGGCGGGGGGGACAGGCGUCGUAACGACGAUCUUGGCGGGACAGAACCAGAAGAGACGCCUACAGCUCGACUUUGAACAGGCCCACGAGGACGCCCUGGUGAGCAGGAUCAUGUCUCUGAUCGAGCCGGGCGGAGACGACCACAAGUUAACCCCUGCCUACCUGCUGUGUCUCUGCAUACAGCACUCUGCUUCCGCCUUCCCACCAGGCUGCUUCGGCAAAUUGCUGCUGAAGAUAGUACGAUGCAUACAGACCGUCUCCUGGGAGAAGACAAAGGAAUUGGCACAGAAGCAAGCUCAGCAUCAGGACCCGGCCUCCCUGUCUCUCCUGUCCAUCAGUGAUCUGAUUCCAGACCUGCAGGUCGUAUUCUUCUGGAUGUCCAACAGUAUAGAGAUCCUCUACUUCAUCCAACAGAAGGCCCCAGCAUACACACAGGGCAUAGAGACGCUCGACUCUAAAGGUUCCAAGGAGUCGUUGCUAUCGGCGACCAUCUCAGCCAAUGAGGAGGCUAUGACCAUCCUGGAGGAAGUGAUCAUGUACACCUUCCAGCAAUGUGUCUACUACAUCACCAAGUCCCUGUACGUAGUACUUCCUGGUCUACUGGACUGUAACCCAUUCCCAGUGGACAGCUCUGAACCCUGCUGGAGAGGAGGUACAGGGUUUCCUGAGCCCGUUCGCAGGGUCCUGCAGGUGUUCCAGUACAGUCAGGAGCUACUCCAGGGGUACCAGGUCCACCCAGAGGUCCAGGCCCAGAUGUUCUCCUACCUCUUCUUCUUCUCCAACGUAUCCCUCUUCAACCAGCUCAUGGACAAGGGUCCGUCGCGGGGCUGGUUCCAGCGCUCUAAGGUUCUCCAGGUACAGGCCUGUGUCAGGAUGGUUCUAGAGUGGACUAGGAAGGUGGGGCUUAGUUACCUGGCAGACAAGUUCUUCAACAAGUUCAACAGCGCUGUCAGCAUCCUGGCCACACCUCCUCAGCAACUAACACAGAUGAGUUGGAAGGUGCUGUGUGCAGACCACCCCAGUCUGAAGCCGGUUCAGCUGCAUGGCCUGUUGACUCAGUACCAGUUGACAGCUGAGAUGGGGCCUGUUCCAAUCUGGCAGCCCAGCAGUGAGGAUGAGGCAUACAUAUACAGGACAGUGGACCUUUUGGAGAGUUUCGAGAACCACCCCCCCAUCGUCCUCCCCAGUGGGGGGUUCAGAGUGGACCUGGACAGUGACUGUCUAGAGGACAGCAUCUAUAGGCAACUGCUCUAUGUGAGACACUUCCUCUGGGGGCUACGCACACACACUCACACACACACUCACACACACCCCACUGUCAACAGCACACACACUCACACACACCCCACUGUCAACAACACACACACUCACACACACACACACCCCACUGUCAACAACACACACACUCACACACACCCCGCUGUCAACAACACACACACACACCCCGCUGUCAACAACACACACACUCACAAUCCCACCGCGGUUAACGGGACUGGAACGAGCACGAGCACCGGGACGAGUACCACACCCGCAGACUGGCAGGAAGCACAGAGGGAGUUCCCUCCGUCCCACAACAGUCCCCGGUCAGGAGGGGUGGAGGAGUGGGUGAGGGACAGAACCCCAGGCCAAUGUCACAACAGUGUGAGGAGAAAUGGCACCGCCCCCCAACUCCGGCCGACAAACCAUGACCCUUCGUGCCUCCUGACUUCGCCCAACACGCCCCGGAACCCCGAGGGGGGUGGGGCUGACCUGGAUGGACACGCCCCCCAGGUCAACGGCUGCAGUAAUAGCAGACCUUCAACGGACAGGAAGAAAAGCAACGGACUAGAGGGUAGUUUAUGUGAGUUCCCCUUCCCUGUGCCUCCCGAGGCCCUGCUACCUGAUGAUGAGUGUUGUCUGGUGUUUGUAGUGGAGCUGAACAAGGGACCCUACGGACUGGGCAUGGGACUCAUAGACGGACUGCACACGCCUCUGAAUGCUCCAGGGAUCUAUAUCAGAACUCUGAUACCAGACGGUCCGGCGGAGUCUGACGGGAGGCUGAGGAUUGGAGACCGGAUACUAGCGGUUAACGGGACCAGCCUGAUAGGAGCAGACUACCAGAGUGCUGUGGAUCUGAUUCGUCUAGGCGGAGGCCGUCUGCGUUUCCUGGUGGCCAAGUCAGACCUGGAGGUCUCAGAGAAGAUCAGCGCUUCGUCCUGCUGACUGGAGGGAACGGCGGGAAUCUCCAGGGAAACCGCUGCUCCCACAACUCCACCAGGAGAGACUAGGAAGAGAGGAGAUGGAUUCCAGGGAACCGCUGCCCCCACAGCUCCACCAGGAGAGACGAGGAAGAGAGGAGAUGGAUUUCAGGAAGAUGGACAGAUCCUGGAACGAGGAGAUGGAUUCCAGGGAACCGCUGCCCCUACAGCUCCACCAGGAGAGGCGAGGAAGAGAGGAGAUGGAUUCCAGGAAGAUGGACAGAUCCUGGAACGAGGAGAUGGAUUCCAGGAAGAUGGACAGAUCCUGGAACGAGGAGAUGGAUUCUAGGAAGAUGGACAGAUCCUGGAACGAGGAGAUACUCUCCUGGGAGAGAGACGGAGCUUUCCUUCAGUCCCUAGUAUCACAUGCACAGACACACACACAUCAGCCUCAUCCUCAGAACUCAGACGGUGAUGGUUGGAAAAAAAACAACUGAAAAUCCACAAAUGAAUCGAUCAAAAGCACCAAAACACUCUGGGAAGACUCAGGAAUUGAUCAGGAGUUUUGCGACACAAGGAGUCAACAGACACCUUAAAAACCAGACAGACAUUCUAACGUUCUCUACUGCGCUGUUACCACGGUAACACACGCCCUGCCUGGAUUGGCGGAGGUACCGAGUAACCCCCCCCCCCCCCACAACCCCCCCUGACUCCCAUUGUCUCUGAGUAUGACUGCCAAGGCAUUCCGACCAAUCACCUGCGAAUAGUCAGUCUCGAGCGUUAACCCGUUCCAGCCGGGGUUCUUUUAAAGCACAGUGGAGUUAGUUUGGGGUCUGAUGCUCCUCCCCCUCCUGUCAACAAUACAAUGCUUUCAAUCAAACAUGUUGUGGGGAAUAGACUCAGAAGCAGGUUCAUGUGUGAACACGUCUUUAUUCAUAUUAUAACCAAGAGAUUGUAGCUUUCUGAUCUGUUCUUAAACCUGGGGCCACUGUUAAACAAUCUGCUGACCGAACCAUGAUGAAGAAUGAAUAAUUCAUAUUAUAACCCAGAGAUUAGCAGCUUUCUGAUCUGUUCUUAAACCUGGGGCCACUGUUAAACAAUCUGCUGACCGAACCAUUGAGAUUCAAUGGGGAAAUGUCCCAUAAUGAUGAUGUUGGCCUCUCAUUGACUGUAUAUACAUGGUAUGUACUAACUGCGUGGUUAUAUGUACAUAUCAAUGUGCCCUUCCACACUCUGUGUGGAGGACUGUUGGAGUGACAUGCUCUAUUGAAGAAUGUUGUGGUGACGAAUGUUGUGAUGUUCUGAUGAAGAAUGUUGUGGUGUUCUAUUGAAGAAUGUUGUGAUGUUCUAUUGAAGAAUGUUGUGAUGUUCCGAUGAAGAAUGUUCUGAUAAAGAAUGUUGUGAUGUUCUAUUGAAGAAUGUUGUGACGUUCUAUUGAAGAAUGUUGUGAUGUUCUAUUGAAGAAUAUUGUGACGUUCUAUUGUUCUGAAAGAAUGUCAUCAUGAACCCUGUUUAUAGCUGAUGCUAACCUGUGUCCUGGUCUCGUCCACAUUUCUAGACCAUUAGAAGAUUAGUGUUCAGCACUUUCUGACCGCCUCCGCAGGUUGUUCUGAGGGCAGCUCCGACCUCUAGGGAACUGGCAGAACAAAGCCAUUGGUUGGAUGAAAAUUCAGUGACAUGUCAGUGGGCGGGGUUUACAGGCGAGAGUCAAAUAAGAAAAGGCCUUGGGUGGUAGGUUGCCACAAGUUCUCAUUUACAACUGUGACCUGGCCAAGAUAAAGCAAAGCAGUGCAACACAAACAACAACACACAGUUACACAUGGAAUAAACAAACAUACAGUCAAUAAUACAGUAGAAAAAGUCUAUAUACAGUGUGUGUAAAUGAGGUAGGAUAAGGGAGGUAAGGCGAUAAAUUCAGUUCGUUCCAGUCAUUGGCAGCAGAGAACUGGAAGGAAAGGCGGCCAAAGGAGGAAUUGGCUUUGGGGGUGACCAGUGAGAUAUACCUGCUGGGACGCGUGCUACGGGUGGGUGCUGCUAUGGCGACCAGCGAGCUGAGAUAAGGCGGGGCUUUACCUAGCAAAGACUUAUAGAUGACCUGGAGCCAGUGGGUUUGGCGUUGAAUAUGAAGCGAGGGCCAGCCAACGAGAGAAUACAGGUCGCAGUGCUGGGUAGUAUAUGGGGCUUUGGUGACAAAACGUAUGGCACUGUGAUAGACUGCAUCCAAUUUAGAGUGUUGGAGGCUAUUUUGUAAAUUACAUCGCCGAAGUCAAGGAUCGGUAGGAUAGUCAGUUUUACGAGGGUAUGUUUGGCAGCGUGAGUGAAGGAGGCUUUGUUGCGAAAUAGGAAUGCCGAUUCUAGAUUUAAUUUUGGAUUGGAGAUGCAUAAUGUGAGUCUGGAAGGAGAGUUUACAGUCUAACCAGACACCCAGGUAUUUGUAGUUGUCCACGUAUUCUAAGUCAGAACCGUCCAGAGUAGUGAUGCUGGACCGGCGGGCAGGUAUGGGCAAUGUUGUCCUCUGAUGGCCCAGUGGACAAGGCCUCUGAUGGCCCAGUGGACAAGGCCUCUGAUGGCCCAGUGGACAAGGCAUCUGAUGGCCCAGUGGACAAGGCCUCUGAUGGCCCAGUGGACAAGGCCUCUGAUGGCCCAGUGGACAAGGCCUCUGAUGGCCCAGUAGACAAGGCCCAGUGACAAGGCCUCUGAUGGCCCAGUGGACAAGGCCUCUGAUGGCCCAGUGGACAAGGCCUCUGAUGGCCCAGUGGACAAGGCCUCUGAUGGCCCAGUGGACAAGGCCUCUGAUGGCCCAGUGGACAAGGCCUCUGAUGGCCCAGUAGACAAGGCCCAGUGACAAGGCCUCUGAUGGCCCAGUGGACAAGGCCUCUGAUGGCCCAGUGGACAAGGCCUCUGAUGGCCCAGUGGACAAGGCAUCUGAUGGCCCAGUGGACAAGGCCUCUGAUGGCCCAGUGGACAAGGCCUCUGAUGGCCCAGUAGACAAGGCCCAGUGACAAGGCCUCUGAUGGCCCAGUGGACAAGGCAUCUGAUGGCCCAGUGGACAAGGCCUCUGAUGGCCCAGUGGACAAGGCCUCUGAUGGCCCAGUGGACAAGGCCUCUGAUGGCCCAGUGGACAAGGCCUCUGAUGGCCCAGUGGACAAGGCCUCUGAUGGCCCAGUGGACAAGGCCUCUGAUGGCCCAGUAGACAAGGCCCAGUGACAAGGCCUCUGAUGGCCCAGUGGACAAGGCCUCUGAUGGCCCAGUGGACAAGGCCUCUGAUGGCCCAGUGGACAAGGCCCAGUGGACAAGGCCCAGUGGACAAGGCCCAGUGGAAUAGGAACUAGAAGGUCACAGGUUCUAAUCUUACCGAUGUUUAUUUCAGCGUAAAGCUGAUACCUAGAGUCAAUAGUGCCCCCCCCCCCCCCACCCAACAAUGAUUUGAAAGUUUAAUAAUCCAGAUCUCUUAACAUAAAGAUACGUCUCCCUGACUAACUCGGCAGCUGGUCGGAAAGAUCAGAUCACAAGAUCAGAUCACAAGAUCGGAUCACAAGAUCAGAUCACAAGAUCAGAUCACAAGAUCGCUUCUUUAAAAAAAAAAAAAAAAUCAUCCACACCUGGGGGAAAAUAAAUGAAUAAUGUAGGUACAAUCAGAAUGUGGAGAAGAUCAGGACACAUGUGAGCACCAGGUAUAAAACAGGCCCUGAAGGAGUUAAAGCCAAUAUCCUCAUGUGCGUCGGUCGACACACCAGUGACAUCAUUAUUUAACCUUGUAUUUGUACUUCAUAGUGUUAAUGGUUUGUACCAGUCCUUGUUUCAUACAAGCAGCAUGUCUCCGAUCUGAUGACUUUUCAAUAUUUAUACUCUUAAGCACCACAGGAUUAUUGACUAUUUAAUAAACUGUUGACAGGAAGUGA